CCUUGCAGCAUCCUCACCAAGAUCCAGGUGAGAGAACUCAGAGGACUUCAGCAGCUGCCCUUCAGAGGGAUGCACCCAGCAUAUCUUUGAAGGGGCUGGUGCUUCUCUUUCCCCCGUGAGUUCUGCAAACAAGCUGUGGGCAGCAGAGAGGGUGAGGUUUCACCUCUGAGGCUACUUGCCAGCUCAUGCUCUGACCAUGGACGACCAGGUAACUGCUUGAACAGAAGCAACUGAUCAACACUGCCAUGCUGCCUGGCCCCACCUCUAACGCCUCCCUCCCUCUGUCCGAUGACCGUGACAAUGCUCUGGCCCAAGCUGAAAUCGCCCUUUUGGCCUCCAUCUUCCUGCUAGCCACCCUGAGCAAUGGGCUGGUGCUGGGAGCCUUGUUCCGCCACAGUCACUGGGCCACAUCCAUGCACCGCUUCAUCCGCCACCUCUGCCUGGCUGACCUGACCGUGGCUGUCUUCCAAGUGCUGCCACAGCUUAUCUGGGACAUCACCGACCGCUUCCAGGGCCCCGAUGUCUUGUGCCGCACCAUCAAAUACUUGCAGGUGGUUGGCAUGUUUGCCUCUUCCUACGUCAUCGUGGCCAUGACUUAUGACCGCCACCGAGCCAUUUGCCGGCCCAUGUUGGCUUUCCGGAAGGGUCCAGCCAGCUGGCAUCGACCUUUGGUGGUGGCAUGGACAGCAUCCUUCCUCUUCAGCAUCCCCCAGCUCUUCAUCUUCUCCAAAACUGAACUGCCUAGCGGAGCCCACGAAUGCUGGGCUAAGUUUGCUGAACCCUGGGGAGCCCGGGCCUAUGUCACUUGGGUGACUCUGAUGGUCUUUAUCCUCCCUACUUUUUUCAUUGCCACCUGCCAGGUCAUGAUCUUCUGUGAGGUCCACCGCAGCCUGCGCUUGGGGCCAGAAGGAGCACUGGGAGGCCGGGGCAACCGGCGAGGGGGCUCCCCAAUAUCAGGCGCUGUGUCCAAGACACUAAAGAUGACUUUAGUCAUUGUACUUAUCUACGUGUUCUGCUGGGCCCCCUUCUUCCUAGUCCAACUGUGGUCUGUGUGGGAUCCUCAGGCACCCAUUGAUGGUCCAGCUUUCACCCUCCUGAUGCUCGUUGCCAGUCUCAACAGCUGCACAAACCCCUGGGUCUAUGCCACUUUUAGCAGCAGCAUCUCGGGUGAGCUGUGUCGAAUCUUCUGCCCCAGGCUGGCCCACCAGCGAAUUGGCUUCCUGCAGGAGGACUCCACCCUCACGGCUAGCUCCUCCCUGGGACGGGACACCCUUUCCUGAGCCACAGCUCCACACUCAAUACAGAU